GACCAAUAGCAAGCCGUUUACCGUAGUACUUUGGAACGGCUUGGCUUGGCGCUGCCGCUUGGCGUCGGUUGUACGCUGGGGUCGAGGGUUUUGAGCUGUGUACACGUUCCCCCUCAUAUUCAACGGAAGUUUUUAUUGUAUAUUUCGACAGCAAACGGUAAAGAUGGUGGCUCGUCGGAAAUCAAGGUCUAGAUCCCCGGCUUCAGUCAAAAGCCCCCGUGGCAAGUCACCUGGCCGUGGCAAGUCACCAGGCCGUGGCAAGUCACCUGCUCGAGGCAAAUCGCCUGCUCGGGGCAAAUCACCAGCCAGGUCCUCUUCCCCUGUUCCUUCUCGAAGUGGAUCUAUUUCACCCCCACUAAUUGAAUUGCUUAAGGCUGUUAAAAAAAGACCUGGGAGACCUCCUGGCAAAUCUCCCUCCAAAGCUGGUUCUAAAUCUCCAGCACGAUCAAAGUCACCAGCCAGAGCCAAGUCUCCAGCCCGCAGCAAAUCUCCUGCUCGAGUUAAGUCACCCGCUCGACCAAAAUCUCCUGCAAGAAGUAAGAAAGUUUCCCCUUCAGUGAAGUUGAUUGAUCUGGAUGAUGUCGACAGACCUUUGCUUGAACCCAUCUCAAAGUCUCCUGUUAAGAAAUUAGAAACGUCCAUUGAAAAACCUGAAACUUCUGGACUAAGGCGAUCAGCACGCACCACUGCUAGGUCUUCAGAGGAUGACGCCAAACAAGUUCAAAACUUGAUUGAUAGCUCCAAGAAAGGCACCAAAGGGAAGGCUGCUGACUUUGCUGUGUCGCUUUUUGCUCUUCUUAUAAUUCUCAUUACACCACUCAUAUUCUUGCUGAUGCCUCUUAUCUGCACCAAGAGUCAGUGCUCUGUACUGAAUAUCAAAUCCCUCUCUCUCAACUGGCGUACAUACAUUGAUAAGGAAGCCUCACUGAUAUACCUUGGCUUUGUUGCCAUCCAAACAAUUCUUGCUCUGAUCCCCAUUGGACAGCUGGUUGAUGGCCCUCCAAUGAAAGGAGGACGUCACAAGGUUCGAACUAAUGGUCUUUUUGCUGCCAUUUCAAGUAUUGCCAUUCUGGGUGCAUUGUACUAUUUCCAAGUGAAUCUGGAUGUUGUUUACCAGAAAUACGUUCCUCUUUGUGUUGCUGCUCUGUCCUUUGGAAUACUGCUCUCUGUAAUUCUUUACAUCACUGGUGGACGUGCUACUGUGUCCUCUUUGAAUCCGGAAGGCAACACUGGGCACAUUUUGUCCGAUUUUCUUCAGGGCCGCCAGGUUUCUCCCAUUUGGUGGGGACGUUUGAAUGUUAAGUUCGUUUUUCACAGGAUCACUCUCAUAGCCCUUAUGGCUCUGAACGUUGUAUUCCUUUUGAAAAAGUGGGAUGCUAUCAAACAGGGUAAUGCCAUUGGAGUUGUUAUUGCAUGUGGUCUCCAAAUUUGGUACACUCUCGACUACUGCUAUUGUGAGGAGCAGUGGUUGUACAGCUUUGAAUACCAGCGAGCUGGUGCUGGAUUCCAGUCCAUUGUCGGUUAUGCUGGUUGGCCAUUCUUGACAGCAUUUAUCUCUAAAUACGUUAUGGACUACAAUGUGGAAUUGUCUUGGUAUUUGUAUGGUGUCCUUGUCAUUGUCCAUAAUCUUGGAUACGUAAUCUAUCGUGCCAGUAGUAGCCAAAAGGCAGAAUUCCGGAAAAACCCUCUCAAGCCUGCUCUUUCUUAUUUGGAAACCAUACCCACAUCUCAAGGCAAAAAGUUGUUGGUGUCUGGUUGGUUUGGCUGGAUCCGUCAUCCCAACUAUUUAGGUGCUCUGACUAUGCACAUAUGCUGGACUGCUCUGUGUGGCAAUUUGAAUGGACUACCCUAUGCCUUCCCUCUUUUGACUCUUUUGCUGUUCGUCGAAAGAGCCUUACGAGUGGAUGAGAACUGCAAACUGCGAUACGGUGCUGCUUGGGAACGCUACUCCAACAGAGUGAAGAAGCGUGUCAUUCCGGGAGUGUUUUAAAUUCUUAACUUCUGUGUUGUUAAAUGGUGAGUUCUUUUUAUCUGUUUAUGGAUUUGUUCAGAGUAUUAUCUAAGGACUUGUAAAGAAAACCUUUUUCUGUCAUAUUUUCAAAACGGCUGUAGUCUGAGGAUACAAAAAGUAUUGACAUUGUGUUACUGUAUUUGUACUGAGCCUGAAUCAUGCUGAUGCCUGAUUCAAUUACCUCUGCUUUGUAUUUUAACUUUUAAGAGGACCAAGGUUUUCCAUUUACAAUUGCUGAUCAAGGUUGCUGCAUUAAUAUUUUUAUUUAAAUGAAAUAAAAAUAGAAAGCAGUUAAUUUUUUUAACGAUUUGACUUGAACAAAAAUCUAGUUCAAAUUCAUUUUAGUUUAUGUACAUGUGCGAUUUCUUAGAGUAGUCAUUUGUUUCCAUAACUCAGUGACAGCCUAUUUUAAGGUUGCUGUGCAUAGUAUAGGGAUGCUCACUAGUGGUGUCAUAUUUUUCUCAUCUUUCUCCUUUUUUUCCUGAAGGAGAAAUGUGACAAAAAUUUGUAUGUACAUAGCUGCCUCCCUUCUUUUCAUUAACUUGUAUUGCAGUUGCAUAUCUUUUGUUUAUUCUGGCAAAUCAUUUAUCAUCUUUUUACUUGAAAGAUCUUAUUGUCUGUUGUAAAGCUCUUUAUUUUAUUGUAAAUAAGAUUGAUAUUCUAUUUCCUGUAAAGAAUUCUAAUUUGCAUACAUUCGUGAAUGUCCUAUUAAUUAUUCAUGAGACUGAUCUGUCGUGAUAGCAGUAGAUUGAUCUCCUGAGCAUCUCUUUUGAACAGUAUCUUAAACACACAGUCUUAUUACUUUAAACAUUUGCCCGGACAUUUUGUACCGUUUGCUCAAUACUUGAAGUUGACAUUAUACUAACUUUAGUGAAAACAAGAUAGUUGUAGCAGGUGGACUCAGUAAUUACUUAAUUUAAUUAUGUCUGAUUAUUUAGUCCCCUACCUUUACUGUAUGUUCAGGUAAAUGAGGUAUUUGCUAUAUUUUUCCCCUUCUGUAAUGUUUUUUAAAAUAUUUAUCUGAUCUCAGAGCAUUUUCCCAGAACUAAUCACCCUGCAUCUACGUAAUGUGUUAAAUAUUUUGUAUAUUUCAUUUUCUCCUCUUAUAUCAUGCUUUUGGUUAAAGCAGCAUGAUAUUUUUGGUAGUGUUUUCUUUUCAAGUGUGUUGUUUUCCUUUCGUUUUUUCCUCUCACUUGCACUCAUUCUACAAUAUUAACUUUUGGUUCAGAUUUCUGUUACAUAUAAUAAUUUUGUGUGUGAGUUUGCUUCUAUUUCUAAGGAAAAUAUUACAAAUUGUGUUCACUUAUUCUAAUUAGUUGAUUAUUUUAAGAAACUUUCUCAUUCAAUGAAAUUUGAGAAAUAUUAUUUGGUUCAAAUAUCUUUCUGCAAGAUUUUACAUUGACUGUUGGUUUCAGAAGAUCUCACUGUAGAUUGUAUCUAAUUGCCACAAAUGUAUAGUAUGUCCAUGUGUGUGUUUCAUUUGAUAACAUUUUCAUCAUAUCCUAUGUUUGACAUGGACCUAUAUUUUGUGAAAUGUUUUCAAUAACUUGGUGCCAUACCAAAAUUAGGUUUUAAAGGUUUUUGUACACAUGUUAUAUGCGCUUGCCAAAUUUCAUUUGUAAGUUGAAUAUUUUGGACCUAUGUAUUUUGUAUCAUUGAAAGUUGUGAACAUAAUUAUUUCUUUGUUUUCCCCAAAACUUAUAGUUAAGUUACUUAUGUACAUAGUACAGAGAACUAUGAGCCCAAAAAUGUAGCCAGGCACUGCCAUGUACAAUCAAGUAAGGAUAUAUUUGGGCAGAGCACUUGCUUAGUAUAAAAGAAAACGUUAAGUUAAGAGUCAACUCAGCACUCUUAUCCUGGUUGACUUUAGUACCUUGAUUACUUAGUUUGUUUUAUUUGAGUAUAAUUGGUGUUACCUAUUGUAUUCUUUAUCUAUGCAUGGAAUAAAUUUUGUAAGAAUCAAUGACAAUGUAA